AUGAUUAGUGUUACAGGGGAGGACAAAAUUGUUGCUGGAGAAAAAGGUAUUUAUGCCACUCUUAAGUUGAGCUAUGAUUAUUUGAGGGGUGAGCAAAUCCAGUUUUGUUUCUUGUUAUGUUCACUGUUUCCUGAAGAUUAUGAAAUCUCUUUAGACGAAUUGGUUAGAAUUGGAAUGGGGUUAGACUUGUACCAAGAUGUUAACUCUAUUGAAGAGUUAAGGAAACAAUUUCGCGUUAUGGUUAAUAAUCUGAAGGCUUCGGGUUUGCUAAUUGAUGCUGGGGAAGAGGUCGUAAAAAUGCAUGACAUGGUUCGUGAUGUUGCCAUAUGGAUAUCAUCCAAGGGAAAACAUGUAUUCAUGAAUAAAUCUAGCAUGGGAUUGACAGAGAGGCGUCAAAAGAACAUGCUUGAACAAUGCACAGCAAUUUCCUUGAUGGACAAUGGUAUUGACAUAAAUUUGCUUCCUCAAAGCUUGGUCUGUCCUAGGCUUGAAAUUUUACUACUGAAUUUUGGAAUCGGUGAUGAUUCAGGUGAAAUCAAGGGUUCUCCAGGUGAAUUUUUUAAAGACAUGAAGGCACUUCAAGUUGUAACUUUAAUUGGUGUGGAUCCGAUGUCAUUUAAAUCACUUGAAUUAUUGACGAAUCUUCGAAGUCUAAAACUGAAAUACUGCGGAUUGCAAGACAUCUCAUUUCUCGGAAAGUUGACAGGACUUAAAGUUCUGGAUUUGGAAGAUUCUUCUUUGGCUGGAGAAUGGCCCAAAGAAUUGGGGGAUCAACUAAGUGAAUUGAGAGUACUGGACGUGCGUCUGUCUGAAGAACUGAGGAUUCCACGAGAUGGGUUACGAAGAUUUUCUCAAUUAGAAGAAUUAUACACUGACUAUGAUUUCUCUUGGGACUCAGAUGAGACUACUAGUGUAGAGGAAAGUUGUGCCACCCUGUAUGAGUUAAAUUCACUUUCAUGCUUGGUCACACUGUCACUACAAAUGGAACAUAGAUGCCUUCCAAAUGAAUUUGCUUUCCCAAAACUGGAAAGGUAUGAGAUAGGGGUGGCAGGAGGUUUGCAAAAUUAUUUCCCAAGCGUUGAUCAAACGUGCUUCAGUGAGUUGAUUUAUCUUGAAUCUGGAAAAUGUGAGGAGUUGAAUUGCAUCAUAGAUAUGUCGCAACGGCAGGCACCAGCCGCUGCAUUCUCAAAUCUGAAGACAUUGAUUUUAUCUAAUAUGAGCCAUCUAGAAGAGAUAUACAAAGGUGCAGAGCCUCCAAAUACGUUUCUGGAAAAACUGGAAACCGUGAAAAUUUCAGAAUGCCACAGUAUGUGUAACGUAUAUCCACCAAUGUUGCUUCAGAGACUCCAUCAAUUGAAAAAGGCUGAGAUCAUUUCCUGCAAUAAACUAUCUGAAGUAUUCAAACUUGAAGGCUUAUGCCUGACAGAGGGAGAAAAUAGUGCGGUGCUUUCAAGUUUAGAAUCAUUAAAGCUGUGGAAUUUACCAGAAUUGAGGUUUAUAUGGAAGGGACCCGUCCGACUUGUAAGCUUCUCAAAUCUUGCACAUGUUGAAGUGGUUGGCUGCAGUAACUUGAAAAAUCUCUUCGCAUUGUCAAUUGUGCGACGUCUGGUGCAGUUGGAGGAACUCAUAAUAAGUGAUUGUGGCAGGCUGGAGCAUAUUGUCUCAGAUUAUAGCCAGGGCGACGAAAUUGCGGAGAUAGAAAAUGGAAAAAAUAUCGUGCUCCCUAAGCUAAUAAAGUUAGGACUUCAAACACUCCCAAAACUCAUCAGCUUCUGUUCUGAAAAUUAUUAUUCAACUUGUCCAAUUUUGCAACUGUUAGAAGUUGAUGGUUGCCCCAAUUGGACUACGCCUAUUAUUGUUGAAGCUAAUAUGAGGAUCCUCCAGAGGUAUUUUCUGCAUUUGCAAGAUGGCAAUGAUGAUAUAAUUCCGGUCACGUUGGUUCAUGGCUUACAAAAUUUGGAAGACGUGGAACUUAUAGGUUGUGCUGUCCAAGUGGUAUUCCAGCUUGAAGGUGUUGUUGCUGAGAGACGAAAACACAAAUUAUCGUUCCCAAGUUUGAAGAAUUUGAAAUUGAACUUUUUAGAGAAGUUGGAAGGCUUAUGUAUGGGUCUCAGUCUCAUGAGCCUUCAAAACCUUACCAAUCUAGAAGUGGAUUCAUGCAGUAGGCUUAGAUAUAUCUUCUCUGCUACUCUUGCUCGAAAUAUGAUGAAACUUAAAUAUCUAGAUAUCAGCAAUUGUGCUGAAUUGGAGCAAAUCAUUGUUGUGGAGGAGGAAGAGUACCAAGCCUUCUUGAACAAUAAUCUCCAACCUGAAACCUUUCGGAAUCUUUUAGAAGUUGUGGUCGAAAGUUGUAGUAAAUUAAAAUGUCUGUUUCCAACCACCAUAGCCCGAGGUCUUCAACAACUGGAAGAAUUAUAUGUAGAAGACAACUUCCAAUUAGAAGAGGUAUUUGGACAUAAAGAGGUAGCUGGCAUCAUGGAAGACGAAGAAAUUAUGCUGCCUCAACUAAACUACUUGAAACUCAGAGAAUUACCAAGCCUCACUAACUUCUGUCCUGGGGGAUGUCACUUCAAAUUUCCAUCUUUGCGAAACUUGGAAUUUGAAGAUUGUGGUGCGACAGUUCCAAUAUUUUCCUUAACCGGAGAUGAAUGUGUGCAUGCUGAUGAAAAGAAGUUACGAGUUUUACGCAUUGGAGACUGCAACAACUUGUGUGGCGGAACCUCUGUGUUCAGUUACGGCUUCAAUAAUUUGGAAGAUUUGAGUAUUAGGAAUUGCGGAGUAAAAGUGGUAUUUCAGCUAGGAGAUGUUGCAGUUGAUGGACAAUCACAUCAGUUAUCAUUCCCAAGUUUGAAAAACUUGGAGUUGCGCGGUCUAAAAGAAUUAGAAGGCUUAUGUAACGGUUCCAAGCAUGUUUUAAGCCUGCAAAAUCUUACCACUUUUAAGUAUUUGUUUCUGUCAUAG